AUGCUCUUCUAUAUCGAUUUCUACGCCAAAACUAAGAUCAGAGUUUAUGGCGAUUUUGAAAAAGUUGCGAAAUCAACGCCAGACAACAUAUUGGGCUUAUGUAACCAUCAGUGCGCUGUCGACUUCGUCAACGUCGAGUAUUUGGUCACCAAAUUGGGUAAAUUGGGCGCAAUUAGACACGUGACCAAAGAUCCAUUUCAGUUCAUCCCCAUAAUUGGCUAUACAUUUUUUAUGCACUUAUGCAUAUACGUGAAGAGUGGAAAGGGAGACAAGUUUGACGCCAAACACACCAACAAAACCCUCGAUUAUAUCAAGAAUAACGACAUUCCGCAAAAGAGUGUGCAAACGGGUCGGACACGAGUGAGAGUUCCCGGAGACAUAUCUGUUGAGGAGGACUCCAUUAGUGAUCGGGAGCUGUCGUCCAUCAAAGCCGGUCGCGCGUCAACUGAGGAGUUCGUUCCCGGAGCUAACAAAGACCGCAAGAGUACAAUACCUGAUCCCGUGGGUAAUGGCAGUGGCGGUGGCGGACACACCACUGAAGAUUAA